CCUUUAUCAGGUCAGGUGUUGGGUAAUCAUGAAACGAGUGAACGUCGCGUUAACAUUCAAUCGAGAGCAGCGCAGCGAUGACGACGCGAAAAGCAGAGGAGAGCAAACGCUUAGCGUUGAUUGUUUUAUAUUGUGCGGUGUUAAGUGGUGCAAGUGGCGGGGCAAGUGGCGGAGCAAGUGGCGGGGCAAGUGGCGGGGCAAGUGGUGCUGCUGGUGUCGAAGCUGGCAAUGUGCUGGCUGUGUUCCCUCACUUUGGCUACAGCCACUUUAAGGUGGCGCUGCCCAUAUUAAAUGAACUCUCGCGACGCGGUCAUCAUUUGACUGUCAUUUCAUAUGUGCAAAAUCCGGAGGCGCCUCAAUUGGCGAACUAUGAGCAGCUGCUGCUGUCGAGUGCCACCGAGGAUCAGUCGAGUACAACAAUCAAUGUGGUGCCACUGUCAGAGCACACGCCCACCCGUUCCCUCAAAGUGCUGCUGCAGGAAUAUUACGAUCUUUACGGCAAUGGCCAGAUCUCGUGUGAGCUGCUCUAUGCCAGCGGCCAUGUGGAAACGGUGCUCGAGCGGCACAAGCAAAAACCCUACGAUCUGCUGCUCACUGAGUACUUCAGCACAGACUGCCAGCUGAGCCUGGCGAAGCUGUUGGAGUUGCCCAUCAUUGGUCUGAGCACGUGUGCAUUGAUGCCCUACUAUUAUGAUCGCAUCGAUCUGCCGGAUACGCCCGCCUAUGUGUUGUCCGAAUUCGUGGGAUUCAAGCAGCCAUUGAGCUGGAGCGAGAGACUGCUCAACUUUGCCCAGGCCAAGCUGUUGAAGUUGAUCUACAGACUGCACACGAAUCGAGCAGAUAAUGCGCUUAUCAAGCGGCAUUUGAACUUGGACAUCGAUGUGGACGCAGUGGCGCGUAACCAGACUGCGUUUAUAUUGGGCAAUCAACACUACUCCCACAUGGGCAGUCGUCCGCGCACGCAACAGUUCCUCGAGGUGGGCGGUGUGCACAUCACCCACGAGUCCCAGAAGCAGCUGACUCCGAAAAUUGUGCAAUUUCUGCAGCAGUCCAAGCACGGCAUCAUCUUCAUUAGCUGGGGCUCCAUGGUGCGUGCCUCCAGCAUUGAUGAUGACAAACUGACGGCUAUUAUCCAUGUGCUGCAACAGUUGCCCUUCAAUGUGAUUUGGAAAUGGGAGGCGGAGGAGCAGCCCAAACCACAACUGGAUGCCAGCAAGUUUCUGUUUGUGAAGUGGGCGCCACAGCUGGCUCUGCUGUGUCAGCCGCAGGUGCGUCUGUUCUGGGCCCAUGCUGGUUUGCUGGGACUCACGGAGGCGCUGCACUGCGGCAAACCACUGCUCAUGACGCCCAUCUACGGCGAUCAGUUUCUGAAUGCGUUUGCGGCCCAGGAUCGUGGCGUGGGCAUAAAACUUGACUAUCAGCAAAUCAAUGUGGAUACACUCCAGCAGUCGCUGCAGGAGCUAAGCAAGCCCAGCUAUGCGGAGCGUGCCUUGAAACUGUCACAGGUGUUCAAUCAGCGUGAACGAUCUCCGUUGGAGACCGCAAUUUGGAGUGUGGAGCAUGUGUUGCAACAUGGCCAGCUAGCCGUUGAGCUGAUACGGUCGCCGGGCAUAGAGUUGAACUGGUUUGUUUACCAUUCACUGGACUCACUGGCAGUGAUCUUAGCCGCGCUGCUGCUGCUGCUGGUCAGCUGUCGUGCCCUGGCCAUGCCCAAGAGCCAAGCACCGCCCAAGCCACAACGCAAGUCCAGAAAGGCUAGGAGGUCUAAUACAUAGUUUUAAUUGUGAAUUUCUGUUAACGCAAAUAUAAAAAUAAAAUGAAAUAUUUUAUAAAAAUUAA